AUAAAAUCCACGUCUCCAGCCAUAAUCAGACCAGUCAGCUGCAAGUGCUUCUCCGUUUCGCUGCAAAAGAGAGGGCUGCUGUCAAAUUCACAUCAAAAUACGUUCCCAAUUCCCCGCCCCCUGAGUUCAUCAGCUCCGUGCCGCUGCCCUUGCCGUCGCCCGGCAAUCCGUUCUUUCCAAUUGGAUGCAGAUACGAAAUCCAAGCAUCUAGUAGAAGUUAUCCACCUCUGAGAAUUAGGAGGCAGCAUUUCGUAACGGUGCACUUCUCUUCCCAGCUUUGGCCUCGACUGAGACAAUGAAAGACUUUACUUUAGAAGUCCGGUAUCGGAAAAAUGCAGAUGGAAUUGCAGCGGAUCCACAGCCUGAUUGGAGUUUUGAUGCUAUUCUUUUCGACCUCAACUCACUCGAAAAGAGGCUCAAAGUCUCUUUGCAAAUUUCUUCUCCUCCUAGCAAGACUGAUGCUCCAGUUUUAAAGUGGAAGGCUAAGAAUGAAAGUCCAGGGCCAUUUGUGAUGCAAGUGCUGGAUGAUGAAUUCGGUGUUGAAACGGAUAAUGUUGAGGAGGGUCAUCAUAACCAUCGAGCCAUGGUUGCAGGCAGGAGAUUUGGUUGUGAUGAACUCUCUAUAAGUAACAUGUGGCUGACAAUUGUUGAGGCUCCUCACCCUCCUUAUAGGCGUGUUGUUACUGCAGUGACGGUGAAGAUUCUGAGGAUGAAUCCGUUUUUGGAAUGCAAGGAAAUUUGAUGCCUCAUGUUGGUUUUGCUGAAGGCACACUUUCUGAGCUAACUAAUGAACACCAACUUGGAGUAAUGGAAGUAGUUAGAAACCAAAUAACAGAAUUGGAAACUUGCCUCAUUGAUGAAAAUGAGAAGUUUGCCUCUACAGUUGCUCGUGUGGAGAAUUACACAAAAACAAGGCAGGAAUUGGACAGAAAAUUCGAUAUGCAGUACCAACGCAGAAUCGCAGAAGCAUUGGAUAAUCACCUGACAGCUGUACAGAGGGAUCAUGAACACAAGUCUCAAAUAGAAGAAAGGAGAAUAAGAGAUGAUGCAGUUCGUGAAGAAGCCCAAAGAAGGGAAAGAGCUCUUCAUGAAGAAAAAGUGCGGCAGGAAAAGAUUAAAGCUGAAGCUGAGAUGCAGGCUAGACUAGAAGCUGAGAGAGUUGAAGCAGCAAAAACAGCAGCGUUGGAAGCUGAAAAAAGAGCAGCAGAAGAAGCAGCACAGAAGAAGAAAUCUGCCGAUACAAAAAGUUCUGCAGCUGGGGUUUCUAUCAAUGCUACUGAAGCUAAUGGAUCCCAGGGUUCUGUACUUCAUGUCACAAAAAGUGCACAGCCACAAGGCACCGUAAUCAGAAGUGCAGAAAAUGCUUUAAAAUUGGAAGAAAGGAGAUUGCAGAUUUAUAAUGAAGUAGCUGCUGAAAUGCAAAUGAAUCCUAAGAUGGACUAUCGUAAACAUGAGCAGAAAAUAGCAAGAACUAUCCGCCAGAUCUCAGGGUCAGAAGAGAAUGUGAGUGCUAAAGCCUCGGAGUUGUUUUAUCUUAUUAAGGAUCCUUCUUGUCCCCAAUCCAUCAGCAUCACAGCGUUUGCGAAGAAGUUUGUCUCUGUGUGUGAAAAUCCUACUGGAAGCUUUCAUAGAUCUGUUUAUGCAUAUGCUCGUGUCAUUGUUCUCGUCACAUCAAAGGUGCCACGUGCCAUGGAUGUACUGAUUUCUAUGUUGAACCAAGCUUGCAUUUAUACUGUACCCAAACACAUCAUUUACUCAAAGUCAGCAUUUCAGACUAAAGAAGCAUACUACAAAGCCAUUGGUUACAGAGAAGAAGAUGGGGAUAUUGAAAGUACAGAUAGAUAUGUUUCACGCUUGAGUUUGUGUGUGAAACUUUAUGCAGCUAUAGUCCAGACUGAACUUGAGGGUAUCCAAAACUUGCAUGGCCUUGCAGAAGGUUGGGCAUGGCUUGCCAGGUUCCUCAAUGGUCUCCCACCGAAUCUUUAUACAGUUGUUGCUCUCGAGUCAUUUCUUCAAAUGGCUGGAUUUGCAAUGUACAGGAGAUAUGGAGUACAGUUCAAGAAGAUACUACGUCUUAUGGCUCGUAACUUCUUAAGUGCAUUAGGAGAGCAGGAAAACACAAAGUUGAACAUGGCAAUUAUUAACAUUCGUAACUACCUGGAGUCUAACCAGUUUCUCCAAAAGCCAACAGGAUGGGAGCUGGAGAGCCAUAUCGAAUCCCAUAAUAUGGCUCCUUAGCAAGAUUUGAUUUAUUCAUUCAUUUGCCCUGUAUCUCAAACAAAAUGCACGGGCCAAAGUCGCACCUGACUAAAAGCUACACAAGCUUAGGCAGGAUAAGGGAGGCACACAGAACCAUUUUACAAUCAGAAAUCAAUGAUAGUGUAGUUAUAAUGCGGUCUUUUGCAUCA